AUGACUAAAAAUAUAAUAAACGUCCUCCUUCAAAAGAGUCAUCGGAUGAUGACAAACAAAGAAAAUAUUCACCAAUAUGAAAGCUCAAGACUAAAAAGAAACAAAAGAGUAGUGAAAUACAACCAUGAACAUCAACCAAAUCAAAUAAGAGUCCCCGUUUUGGUUGAUGUUGUUCAAGAAAAUGAAGAAAAAGUUAAAAGGAUUGAUGUAUUACAGGCUCAAGUAGAUGAGCUAAAAGAUCUUUUAAAAACAAUUACAAGAGGAAAACAAAAAGCAAUAAAUCCAAAGAAUAAUAUUAUUGAUUUUUCUGAUAACGA